ACAUGUUCGAGAUCGUCUGGCGACCCCACACCUUGUUCCACAAACGUGCCAGAUCUAUAUUACGGUUCCUAUACAAAUUUAAUUUCAAGAAUACUUGUAACUUAUACUAUCUAUUUUUGUCAGGUAUACCCAACCUGUGUGGUCCCCGCGUGAGCUAAAGUUGUUCCUUUACUCCAUCCCUGUUCAAUCCCCUGCCGACCGUUCGGGAAACCCCGAAUUUCGAGUUCGAAUGAGCUCUGGUGAUCUCCGCAAACCUCAGCUAAACUAUAUACUGGCAAGAUUUCGACUACAUGUUAUAUGUUCUCAUGUAGAAGUCGGUGGGCGAAAUAGACAAGAUAUCGCGAACGAUGGUAAACAAACAUGACGAAGAUACGACCUUAAAACAAUUUGGGUUGUUCUCCCCACCAUCGCCUUUACCUAUGCAUGAGGCGACUAGAAAGGAAAGUGGAAUCAUGAAGAAGUCUCUGCUCCCACAGAGGACGCCAUCGAAAAGAGGCCCGCAGGGGAGCACGACUACAAGAAGCGUUGACGAUGUGGUGGAAGCACGAGAGCCGCGUGCGAGCAGAUUACCAACUGAGAAACGCAAACUCGGCCAUUACGCUCCUUCAGCCGCUUCUACCCCAGUCACUUCUCGAAAGGAUUCUGAAGCACUUGAGGCUGGUCGCUACGCCAAAGCAAACGCCAGUCAAAGCAAAAUUCGCCGUCCUGGCGAACAAUAUGAUCAGUCCUCUGGUUCGAGCUCUCGGUCAGAGGCUAAGGGAAUUUUGGGAAGGAGUAAUACGAUUGCUACACCCUCUACAAGCCUUGACCGGCCGAGCUCAAUACGCCGACCAGCACCUUCAGCGGCCUCUUCCGGUAAUCCUAAGCAUGAGAGUCACAUUCGUAAUCAUUCUACCGAACACAGUAGAGUCGUAAAGCCACGCUCAAACACCAUUUCUACCCGCAGUGGUAUCUCUCAUGGCCAAACUCCCGAUCAAUCGGUGUCAGUAUCUUCUUCAGCUUCCGUGACUCGCUCAAACACACCACAAUCUUUCGAAAGCUCCACACCCAAUCCUCUCCAGCCUGAAGGCCGCACAAGAGGCGUUGCCGGGAACGACAGAUCAGAAACCUCGACCAAGGGUCACUCACGAACUAGAAGUCAACCUACAAUUAUACAGAAGGACACGCCGCUGACAAGAUCAAAAUCUACCCUAGUAAAGGUGUCGCAGACGAGAAGCGCCACAACACGGCCGUCGCGGCCUCCAUUUACAACACUACAGCAACAUUACUCACCUAAAAAGAUAACAAGAACGCCAACUAGCUCUUCAAAUUCACGACCGCAAGAAGGUGCAGGCUCUGAGCAACCUCUCACUUUGGAGAGCUUGAGGGUCCAGGUGGAGCUGCUACAGCUACAUUUGUUGCACCAGACCGCGAAAGGAAGCAUCACAUUCUGGGAACGUAGUGCGGAGCAGCAACUGGAAAAAAAAUUUGGCGUUGUUUUGUCAAAGUAUAAUGAUUUGCAGGAAAUCCAACAGAAAAACCAACAACGAAAAGACGCCGCUGCAUUGAAAAGCUGGCUGGGCGGUUCGCACAUUGGGUCGGGAGAGCAAACGCAAACGCUGGCGCGUUUAUUGCAAGAUAUUAGCCAAGUCAGCGAUCCUGAAGGCCGAUUUACGCGACAAGGCAGAUAUUUCGAUCAUUGGCUGAAUUACGUCGAGUCCGUCUGGCAAGAGAGACAUCGAUCGGAUGUUAAUGUUAGGUCUCUACGAUUUGUCGACGGACUUGAAAACAGCUGGAGGAACGAGGGUUUCUCCUUGUCAAGGAGAAUGACGGCGUGGUUGGAGGAGCUUGAGAACCUAGGAACAGUGGUGUGCGGAUCGAGCUUGUCCGCGGCGGUUGAUAUCUGCAAAUCCCUGGUGAGGGAUAUGUCGUCUGAGUUGGAGGGCAUGCGGCAGCUCGAAAAGGAUAUCAUGCAACAAGAACAGGAAUGGGUUCGAUGCAUGACAGAUCAGGCAAGAAGAGUGGUGGCCGAUGACGAAAGGCCCAAGGAACAUUGCCCUGUCUGGGACGAAGACUGAGCAAUCAGCUUCGUCUUUCUCUUUCCUCUUUACUUCUUUUGAUUCUUUCAUUUGCUACGAUGGUAGCUCUUCUGAGCGUUCGAAUUCUACGAUACCCAACGCGGAACAGACUGCAUUUUACCCAUGUCUGGUCAACCAAACCCAAAGGACCUGUCCCUGAAAAAGGUGGCAUACUUCCACCGAGCUUCCAAGCCCGAUUAUCCGGCCAUAACCUAAACUUUACAUAAACAUCAUCGCCUCGCCUGAAACUGGAUCAAUGAGAAUGCUCGGAUUCAUCCAGCGACAGGGUAUCCGAGCGCCAGGUAACAAGGGCAACCCGCUGAAGCGAGCAGGGUUUACUUCUCGAUCCCAGUAUUCCGAUAGAUUCUUUUUGGGCGCAUUCAGCGGUUAAGUGCCGGUCAAAGCAGCAAU